GCAUGCCAUCUUCAUUGCUUUCCGAUCAAUCUCCUUUUUCUAUUCUUUUUCCUAACUUUCCAGUUUUUCGAUUCCUCGUGUUUUUGGUUGUCUGUUUUGUUCACAACUUGCAUGCUCUGUUUGAUAAGUUAUCUCCCAGGUCCACUAAAUGCAUCUUUUUGGGUUACUCCCUUACUCAGAAAGGGUACAAGUGCUAUGACCCAGUCACUCACUGCAACUUUGUUAGUGCUGAUGUGUCCUUUUUUGAAGGUACACCCUUCUUUCCUUCCCAGGCAUCCCAGCCCUGGACUAAGUGGACUUCUCGAGCUCCAUCUCCUAUCCCUACACUCAUUCCUUUCACGAAUACCCCUAGUGCCAGCAUCCCACCUCCUCUACAGGUUUAUCAGCGUCGGAAGGAACCUGAAAAGCCCAGUGGUGAUACUAUUCCUCCAGCCAAUUCGCUACCUCCACUGCUGCCCUCCUCUAGUGAAGCUCCAAUCCCUCCUCUCCCGAUUGACUUACCAAUUGUUUAUCGUAAAGGUACAUGCACUUGCACUAAAAAAUCUCUGGCUGUAUAUCCUAUUGAUAAAUUUGUUUCCUUGUCUCAUCUUCCACCACUUAUCCAGGGUCUUACAUCAUCUCUUUCUACUCAUACCAUUACCAAAAUCUCAUGUUGAUGCCUUGAGUAUCCCUAGAUGGAAAACUGUCAUGGAUGUAGAAAUGGAUGCUCUCUUGCACCGUGUCACUUGGAGUCUAGUAGAUUUACCUCUUGGUAAGGACUUGGUGAAGUGUCGUUGGGUUUAUAUUAUUAAGUAUCAUUCUGAUGGCUCUAUUGAGUGGUUGAAGGCCCGUCUGGUUGCCAAGGGGUAUACUCAGACAUAUGGGGUUGAUUAUUUUGAGACAUUCUCUCUUGUUGCUAGGUCGAACUCUGUUCGCCUUCUUAUUUCUCUUGUUGUUAACUAUGUUGGCCGUUGUUUCAGUUGGACAUCAAUAAUGCUUUUUUAUAUGGUGAUUUAUAGGAAGAAGUGUAUAUGGAGCAACCUCCUGGGUAUUUUGCUUAGGGGGAGAAUAGAGGCCGAGUGUGUCAUUUACACAAGGCUAUCUAUGGACCUAAACAGUCCCCUCGAGCAUGGCUUGACAAAUUUAGUACUACUGUGGUAACUUAUAGGUUUUCCCAAUGUUAUUCUGAUCACUUUGUCUUUGUUCGUCACAGAGGUAAUAAAUUGAUUAUCUUAGUGCUUUAUGAGGAUGAUAUUAUCCUCAUUGGCAAUGAUGAGGUAGGAAUUUCUGAAGUUAAGAAGUACUUGCAACAACACUUUCAGACCAAAGACUUAUGCCAACUUCAUUAUUUUUUCGGCAUUGAAGUGGUCAGAUGCAAUAAGGGGAUCAAUUUAUCUCAAAGGAAGUAUGUGUUGGAUCUUUUAUAGGAUACUGGUAUGCUUGCAUCCAGACCUGUAGAUAUCCCUAUGGACCCUCACCAGAAAUUUGGUGUUAGUGAUGGUGAACCUCUCCAAGACAUGCAUUAGUAUCAGAGUUUAAUUGGCAAGUUGACAAAUUGAUUUAUCUCACGAUCACACGACCUGACAUUUCUUAUGAUGUGGGAGUCCUUAGUCAUUUCAUGCAGUCUCCUCAGAAAGCACAUUGGGAUGCAGCUAUUUGUGUUCUUCGGUAUCUAAAGGAUGCUCCUGGUAAAGGGCUGAUAUAUUGCCCUAAUCGGCAUAUAGAUCUAAUUGGCUACUCCGAUGCUGAUUGGGCUGGCUCUGCUAAUGAUCGUAGGUCCACUACAGGUUAUUGUACUUUUGUUGGAGACAAUCUGGUUACAUGGCGACGUAAAAAGCAGACUACCAUUGCCCGUUCUAGUGCUGAAGCAGAAUACAGAGCUAUGGCUCACACCACUGCUGAGUUGAUGUGGUUACGGUAGUUACUUUUGGAGUUGGGGUUUCCUGUAACUAAACCUAUGAAGAUGUACUGUGACAACCAAGCAGCUGUGUACAUUGCCAGUAACCUGGUCUUCCACGAGAGGACCAAACACAUUGAAGUGGACUGCCACUUUGUUCGUGAUGUUGUUCUGAAGAAGUUAGUCGAGACUCCUUUUGUUCCUUCCUUAGAUCAGUUGGCAGACAUGUUUACUAAGUCUCUAUUUGCACAUAGUUUUCGCAAUGGUUGUACCAAGCUAAGCAUAGGUGAUCCAUAUGCUCCAGCUUGAGGGGGAGUGUUAAGUUUUAGGCGUAAGGGGUAUUUUGGUCCUAUCAGUUUCUAUUAUGUAUUAGGUCUGACUAGCGCAGGUGACAUGUCACCUCUCUUCUCUCUUCAGUCUUCUUUCUUUCAUCUCUUUUCUUUCUUUCCUUGGUUUGGUCUCAGGAUUCUGGAAUCGUAACAGUGUGUUUGACCAGUCAAACUACAUGUUGGCUAAGUUAAGUUAGUCUUCUAGAAGUCCCUAGUAUCAUCCCUUGUGUCUUUUUAAGAAUACAAGUCAAUAGUUAGUUGCCAAAGUCAUUAGUUUCCAAUUAUGUUAGUUUCCUAUUUGGUUUGUUUCUAAUUUUUUAGGUUGUGCCUAGUCUAUUUAAGAGAGACCAUUGUAACACUUUUAGAAUUAACGAUAGUUUGAUAAUUUGCAGCCACUGUUGCUCCAAUUCCUGAGAUAGGAUGAUCAACAGCUGAAAUAGAUGUGGGUGAGAGGCCCAGGCUGAGAUAGCCAUUAUCCCACCCACAUCUAUCCCAACUCCAUCCUUCUCUUCUUCCUUGUACUUUCUUCUUGUUUGUGUUGUGAGAGAGUGUUUUGAGAGUUUAUUGCCGCCUAUUGAAGGACAGAAGAACACCACCGAAGCAGACUUGAAGACAGCCAAGAGAAGGGAUUGUUUCAGCAAGUAGUCAGGGUUUUGCCUGGGAUCAAUUUCUCAGAUCUCACAGAUCUGAGGGCCAGUUGCUGGAGACCUCUUGAAGGUUGAUUCAGGCCAAAAGAGAUACUCGACCAGGUCUAGGUGGCCUUCGGAGGCCAGGUGUUGCUGCUCUGCAGUUUCUCCCAUUCAAGCCCUUGAAACCCUAGUUCAGUCAGGGUUUUCUCUACUGCCUGUUACUGCCCAUAGAAGAACCUAUUUUUCACCAUAUUUGGAUGAGUUUUUGUGGCCAUUACACCCCAGCUUUGACCAGGCUUUGAGGCUCUGUUGAACCCUGGUUAGUGAGUACCCAUAUCUUUCUAUUUCAGCCCUACUAUAAGAACUUGUGAUUACUUUGUGGUUCCUUAUUCUGUGGUUCAGAUCUGAUAAUUGUGUUGGAGUGAUGGUCUUAUUGGGGUUGUUUACCUAGCGUAAACCAACCUUACAUCAGUCACUCUGGAGCUGGCGGAAUUUUCAGACUCUCACGGAGGACCCUUGGGGAGCUUCUCCAAAUACCUUUGGGUAAAAAAUUUCCUUUCUUCAGAGUUUCAAGCUUUUUUAAUUGCGAUGAAGCUUGCCAAGGAUUGUGGUUUCACAAAGGUGUGGAUAAAGAGUUAUUCCAAAAUUGUUAUCUUGUGUAUUGUGAACCAAACAAUCCCGUGGAAAUGUCUGCAGCAGUGGAGGUUCUUGCUUCCUUAUCCCUCUUCUUCAAAUAUCAUGUGGAGGCCUAGAUCAAAUCAGAUUUCACUUUGUGGGAUAAUGGACAUGCAUUGUUUUUUCUUGUUGCUUUUUUUACCAAGGGUAUGCAGAUGGCAAUGCCGAAAGUGGAUGAUUAGGUUAAAUUUGUUGGUGUCUUGGCCUCUAUUGAUGGAAAUGCCGUAGGUGGAGGGCCAAGUUUGUUUGAAUUUGGUUCAAAAGUUUGGGUGUACCCAAAUACAAAGGAGUGUGAUGCAGCUUGGCGAUGGAUUUAGGGAACUAUCUUUUGACUUGAUUUUUAUUUACUCUCCUUUAUUAUUUGGAGAUUAGAUUGUCAGACUUUUAUUUAGACUUGAUUUUUAUUUUAGUUGCUAUUUAAGUUUAGUUUCCAUUUUUAAUUAG